AUGGAAAGAUUAGCUCAAAUUGCUUUGAAUACAACUGUUGCUGCAAGUACUCCAACUCCUUCACAUCCAUUAGAUCCUUUAUCCCCACAAGAGAUUAAGUUGGUUGCUGACUUGGUUAAAACCAAAUAUUCUGGUAAAUCAGUCAACUUCAAUACUAUCACUUUAAGAGAACCAAUUAAACGUGCCUAUUAUGAUUGGAAAGAAAGAGGUGGAGCUUUUCCUCCAAGAUUAGCUUAUUUUGUUAUUGUUCUUGAAGGUGAUGAGGGUACUCAAGAAGGUAUUGCUGAUAUUAGAAACCAAUCCCUUAUUGAGAUUAAACAAGUUAAAGGUGUUCAUCCAAUGUUAACUCCUCUGGAUUUACGUCAUACUGAAGAAGUUAUUAGAAAGGAUCCAGGAGUUAUUAAACAAUGUGUUCUUAGUGGUGUUCCCGCUGAUCGUAUGCACGAAAUCUAUUGUGAUGCUUGGACUAUUGGUUAUGAUGAAAGAUGGGGUGGCUCAAGAAGAUUACAACAAGCUUUAAUGUAUUGGAGAUCACAUGAAGACGAUUCUCAAUAUUCUCAUCCUUUAGAUUUCUGUCCUGUUGUUGAUUUGAAUGAACUUAAGGUUAUCCACAUUGAUAUUCCUGACAGAAGAAGAAAAGUCUCCAGACAUCCCCAUUCUUCAUUCCAUCCAAAACAUAUUGCUGAGAAGUUUGGUACAAAACAAAACCCAUCGGGAUAUAGACAAAAUGAUGAUUUCCCAAUCAAUGUUACUCAACCUGAAGGUGUUUCAUUCAAUAUGGAUGGUCAUGUUAUGAACUGGCAAAACUUCCAAUUCCAUAUCGGAUUUAAUUAUCGUGAAGGUAUUGUUUUGAGUGAUAUUACUAUCAAUGACCAUGGGAAAGUCCGUCCUCUUUUCCAUCGUAUUUCCUUAUCGGAAAUGAUUGUUCCUUAUGGUUGUCCCGACUUCCCUCAUCAAAGAAAACAUGCUCUUGAUAUUGGUGAAUAUGGUGCUGGGUAUUGUACAAACCCAUUAUCCUUAGGUUGUGACUGUAAAGGAGUUAUUCAUUAUUUGGAUGCUCAUUUCGUUGAAAGUACGGGUGCUCCAACUACUGUUCGUAAUGCUGUUUGCAUUCACGAAGAAGACGAUGGGCUUUUAUUCAAGCAUUCUGAUUUUAGAGAUGAUUUCCAAACUAAUGUUACGACUAGAGGUAAGAAGUUGAUUAUUAGUCAAAUUUUCACUGCUGCCAAUUAUGAAUAUUGUAUCUAUUGGAUCUUAAGACAAGAUGGUAGUAUUAAGUUAGAAAUCAGAUUGACUGGUAUUUUGAACACUUACAUCUGUGGUGAUGAUGAAGAUACCGGUGCUUGGGGAACUCAAGUCUAUCCAAACGUUAACGCCCACAAUCAUCAACAUUUAUUCUCCUUAAGAAUGCAUCCAAGAAUAGACGGUGACAACAAUUCAGCUGCCACAAGUGACGCAAAAACAUCUCCAUACCCAACCGGAUCUGCUCAAAACAAAUACGGUAACGGAUUCUACUGUGAAAAAACCACCUACAAGACCGUCAAGGAUUCAAUCACCGAUUUUGAUUCACGUACAGGAAGAACCUGGGACAUGUUUAACCCUAGCUCAGUACAUCCAUAUUCUGGAAAACCUGCCACGUAUAAAUUAUGGUCAACCUUCUGUCCACCAGUUCUUGCCCAAGAAGGUUCAUUAGUCAGAAAGAGAGCUCCAUGGAGUGUUAAUACUACCCAAGUCCUUCCAUACACCGAUGACGACUAUGGAUAUGGUAGAUUAUAUCCAUCUGGAGAUUUCCCAACUCAAUGGUCAGGGGAUGAACCUCAAGGUAUGAGAAAAUGGCUUAAUGAAGAAAUGGAUGCUCCUAUUGAAAAUACAGAUAUUGUGUUUUUCCAUACUUUUGGUAUUACUCAUUUCCCAGCUCCGGAAGAUUUCCCAGUUAUGCCAACUGAAAUUUUUGAAUUACAAUUAAGACCAAGAAACUUGUUUAGGGAAAAUCCGGUAUUGGAUGUUAAACCAAGUUUUGCUAGUACUACCAGUGAAGUUAAGGCUGGUGUUAAGGGGGAAGCUUGUUUGAAAAAGGAUACUUCUUCUAGAUAUGCUUUUUCUGAUAAUUCUUGUUGUCAUUAG